AUGUUACACAAAAUCAUUCAAAAUUACACAAAAUCGAAAUCUAAACAACGCGAAAUUCUUCCUUUACUUAAAUCCAUGGCUCCAUUUGCAAGAAAGUUAUUGACGGGUUAUACCACUCCUUUAGGUUCAGGUGCUGGAGUUCCCAAAAACCAGCGACCUGCUCCCAUUGUAGAUGAUGAUUUGAGACUUAAAAAGAGUUUUAAGAUUCCCUUCAAAGCUAGAAAUGGUGAUAAAUUACUAAGAACUGUUAGAACUAAAGCGGUUAGUUAUCUAGAUGGCCAGGAAAAUGUCCCUGAUGAAGGUAUAAAGAAAAGAGGUGCCUUAAAUCCUAGGCGUCUAGAAGGUGGUGAUCCUGCUAAACAGUUUGUCAUACCGUUGAAGAAUAAAUCCUUGAAUAACUUACCUCCCCCACCUUUAGGUACUAAACCUAAGAUAGUCGUACCUCCAAGACCUUUACAUGACCCUAUGAGUGAAUUUGCUAUUGUCUUAUACGACCCUACCGUAGAUGUGAUACCUGGAGAAGAAGAAGAACCAGAAAUCAAAGAAGACAAAGAGAUUAGUCCUGAGGUUGAAGAACCUCUGAGGAAGAGAAGAGUGCACAAAUCUUUAGCAGAAAUCUUGGGCAUACAACAAUAUGAUACCGAUAAGAAAUAUCCCAAUGUUCCUGUGGUGAUAGACCCUAAACUUCUGAAGAUUUUAAGACCACAUCAAAUCGAAGGUGUGAAAUUCUUGUAUAGAUGUACUUCAGGAAUGAUUGAUCCUAAAGCCAAAGGAUGUAUUAUGGCUGAUGAAAUGGGGUUAGGUAAAACCUUACAAUGUCUUACAUUGAUGUGGACUUUAUUGAAACAAGGUCCCAAAGGGAAGAAAACCAUUAGUAAGUGUAUUAUUGUUUGUCCAUCGUCAUUAGUAAGGAAUUGGGCUAAUGAGAUCGUUAAGUGGUUGGGAGAAGGUGUUUUAACUCCUUUGGCCAUUGAUGGGAAAUCAGUUAAAAACAAUGAAAUAGGUGAAAAGUUAACUCAAUGGUCAGUAGCCAAUGGUAGAAAUAUCGUCAGACCAGUAUUAAUUAUAAGUUACGAAACUUUGAGAAGACAUAUAGAUAGACUUAGAGGUACUGAAGUGGGAUUAAUGUUGGCAGAUGAAGGUCAUAGAUUAAAGAAUGGUGACUCGUUAACUUUCACAUCAUUGAAUGAAUUGAAAUGUGAAAGAAGAAUUAUUUUGUCCGGUACACCUAUACAAAACGAUUUAUCAGAAUACUUUUCAUUACUAAACUUUGCCAACCCAGGUUAUUUGGGGAACAGAAACGAGUUUAAGAAGAAUUUCGAGAAUGAUAUUUUAAGAGGAAGAGAUGCUGAUGCAACUGAUGAAGAAAGAAAGAAAGGUGAUCUCAAGUUAACAGCAUUAUCAGAACUUGUAUCCAAAUUCAUUAUCCGUAGAACCAAUGAUAUCUUAUCUAAAUAUUUACCCAUCAAGUACGAACAUGUCAUUUUCGUCAACUUAUCACCAUUACAAACCAAAUUGUACAAUCAUUUCAUAACGUCACCAGAAAUCAGGAAAUUAUUGAAAGGUAUAGGAUCUCAACCUUUGAAAGCUAUUGGGAUGUUGAAAAAACUUUGUAAUCAUCCUAACUUACUUAAUUUACCCGAGGAUUUAGAAGGUUGUGAUCAUUUAUUGCCAGAUGAUUAUGAAGGACAAGGAAGAAAUAGAGAAAUUCAAACCUGGUUAAGUGGGAAAUUUUCCAUGUUGGAGAGAUUCUUGUAUAAGUUACAUCAUGAAACAAAUGAUAAGAUAGUGUUGAUUUCUAAUUAUACUCAAACCUUGGAUUUGAUAGAAAAGAUGUGUCGUACCAAGAAAUAUGGUUGUCUUCGUUUAGAUGGUACCUUGAAUAUCAACAAAAGGCAAAAAUUGGUGGACAAAUUCAAUGAUCCUGAUGGAUCAGAAUUUAUUUUCUUAUUAUCAUCUAAAGCUGGUGGUUGCGGGAUUAAUUUAAUCGGAGCUAAUAGAUUGAUUUUAAUUGAUCCUGAUUGGAACCCUGCCAGUGAUCAACAAGCUUUGGCUAGAGUCUGGAGAGAUGGUCAAAAGAAGAAUUGUUUUAUUUAUAGAUUCAUAUCCACUGGAUCAAUCGAAGAGAAGAUUUUCCAAAGACAAUCAAUGAAGUUGUCUUUGAGUUCAUGUGUGGUGGAUGAAAUGGAAGAUGUGGAAAGAUUAUUCAGUUCGGAUAAUUUGAAACAAUUAUUUAUGUUCCAACCUAAUACCUUAUGUGAUACUCAUGAUACUUAUAAUUGUAAAAGAUGUAAUGGAGGUGAUCAGUUCAAGAAACCUCCAGCUAUGUUAUACGGAGACCCCACUACAUGGAAUCAUUUGAACAAAGAGAAAUUAAAGGAUAACAAUGAUAUAUUAUUGAAAAAUGAAGCCAACUUUGAUGAUAUAAGUUAUAUGUUUCAAUAUAUCAGUCAUUAG